AUGAAAAGAUGGUUUGCAAGUUCGAGCCAUAUACUAACUGAUUUAUCCAAGUUUGUGGUUCGCAAAACUGGCACUGGAUCAGGCCCUUUUGUCGAAUUCCCCGAUUUUCAGUUACUCCAAGGUUCAUUACUAUUAAGAAUUCCAUCAUCUAGUACAGUGUUUAGUAAAUUAGAACAGGUUGGCGUAUUCAAUGUGCCUCCAGAAACUGCUCUUCCCUUCAUGAACUGUGAAAAAUUGCCUAAUGGAUUCACUAAACUGAUUACAGGGGCGGCACCUGUCAAUUUGAUAUGCCACACGCGGGCAUCUUCAAACAAUUUAAAGGUACUUGAAGUCGAUGAUUAUGGUAAAGGUUGGAAAUUAAUGAAGCCGGCUUCUCAGGUAAUCUUUUACAGUGGUGAUUUAUCCUUUAAUGAGGGCAAGUUACUUGGCAGGGGCCUGGUUGCUCUUAUGACACAGGGCCCUUUGCAUGAGUUAAAACUAAAUGGAGGUGAAGAGAUGCUUAUUGCACCUGAAAGUAUUGUUGGGUACUUUGACUGCAAGAUUGAGAAGUUAGAAAAGCUAGACAACUCAAUUGCAAUUUCACAGAUAGUAAAGAAAUACGGAACGAUGUAUUUAGGCAAGUUCUAUGAUCAAUUGCUAUAUCUGAUGUCCAGGGUUAUCCGCAAAGAUAAACUAUAUUUUAAGGUGAGGGGACCUGGCAUUAUGCUUUUGCAAUCACAUUACGCUUUAGGAUCUCAAUCAUAUUCUAGGGAUGAAAUCCUACGAUCAAUGAAAUAG